AUGAAGUUCUUUGCUCCACUGCUUGUCGUCUUUGCCCUGCUUUCGUCUGACGCUGUCGCGAAGUCCAACUCCGGUGAAGAGACCAAGACCAUUGACCAGCUUUACGCGGACGCUGUCACCGAAAGCGGCAACCUUGUUCUGUACCAUGGUGGCGACACUGCUACUUCGCAGGACACUCUUCACGACGCCUUCGUGAAGCGCUUCCCGAAGAUGAACUUCACCGCUGUCGUCGACUACAGCAAGUACCACGACGUGCGUAUCGAUAACCAGUUGGAGACCGACACACUGGUGCCUGACGUAGUCGCGCUGCAGACCCUGCAGGAUUUCACGCGGUGGGCGAAGACCGGUGACCUGCUCCCGUACAAGCCGGCCAACUUUUCUAAGAUCCACAACUCGCUGAGAGACAAGAACGGCGCGUGGCUGGGGUACUCGAUCUACCAGUUCAGCUUCGUGUACAACACGACCACUCUCAAUGGCUUGGAGCCGCCCGCUACUCCGGCCGACCUGGUGGACCCCAAGUACGUUGGCAAGAUCGCCUCGUCCUACCCGAACGACGACGAUGCCGUGCUGUUCCUGUUUACCCGCUAUGUGGAGAAGUACGGCUGGGACUGGGUCUCCAAGCUCGUCCAGCAAAAUGCCAGCUUUAACCGGGGAACGAACGUUGCCCGUGACCUGGUAACCUCCGGUGAGAAGGCUAUCGGCGUGGGUUGCAGUGUGCGUGGCAACUCGCUGACUUUCGUCACCAACGGCACUGAGUACCUCGGCUGGGGUCAACGUAUGGGGAUUCUGUCCAAGGCGAAACACCCUGCCGCCGCCAAGCUGUUCAUGAACUGGAUCAUCUCCGAGGAGGCACAGACGACCCUGGUGUCCAACAGCCCGCGUACGGACAUCAACACCAACAAGCCCUGGGAUAUCCCAGAAGCCAACAUGGCUGCCUUUGCCAAGUUCAUGGAGGACCGUGCCGCGGCGGAGGAGUGGCGCCAGAAGUUCUCGCUGUACAUCGGCGAAGUGCAGGGCAAGCCGUCGCCUGGCUGGCUUGGUCUUCACCCGGGCGAGCAGUAA